AUGCUGGAUGUAAAUGUUGGAUCUGACAAAGAUAAACUUGUUUAUAAAAGGGACUCAAAUGGAGCUUAUAUAUGUUUGUUCUCGUGCAAUGUUGGUGUGUGUGAAUCCAAUGAAGCAGAAUUUAUGGCUUUGAGAAAAGCGUUGCAUUUAACUGUUACUCAACCUAGUUUAUCUUUGAAGAAUAUCAUUGUGGAAACUGAUUCCCAAAGUGUACAUUCUUGGGCUACACGAGCUGCUGAAGUGCCAUGGAAGUUUAGCCAAUUAAUGAAUGCUGUGGAGUGGGCUAAUCUACAGCUGACAUCAGUCUCGUUAAAACACAUCCGUAGAGAAGGCAAUCAGGUUGCAGAUCUAUUAGCUAAAGGAGGGGGUGUAGGGAGGAGUUCAGAUCAUAUUGUAUGGUUUGGGAUUUGA